AUGUCUCUGCGCGCCGCCAUGGCCGAGGUAACGCAGCCCGCUGCCGCCGCCGACAGGAGGAGCCUCUAUGAGGUCCUUCGUGUCAGGCAAAACGCAUCGCAGGUGGAGAUCAAGACGGCGUACCGGACGCUCGCCAAGCUUUACCAUCCCGACGCGACCUCGCGAUUUAUGGACUCGUCGGUUGCCUCGACGUCGGACGGACGAGAUUUCAUCGAGAUCCAGAACGCUUAUGAAACACUGUCGGAUCCUGACGCCAGAGCGGUCUACGACUCGAAUUUGAAUGUUAAUUCGAGACGUCGGUGGAAUACUGGCGGUCUAUCUGGGUACGGGAGUCCGAGUAGGAGCAGAUUUUACCGGACACGGAGUCAACUUGCAGCUGAAAAAGCUGGCUUGGGGAGUGCUUCACUGGUACAAAGUUUGACAAAUGAACUACUGGUUGUAACAGACGUUGCGGCCAAAGUCCUAAGAUUUGAUCCAUCAUCUUAUGUUGUUAAGUGGUCAAUUCAAAAGGGAGGAAGAAAGCAAGAUGAAGGUGCACAAAGAGUUCCGUGGACAAGAACAAUAGCAAUUCAAACGCAGUUUGGCCACUAUUUCCAUUGUUCAAAAUGGAACUUGGAUGCAAAGCCCUGCAACCUUGAGACGCUGCGCAAUAUUUACUAUCAUCAUUAA